AUGAGUGACUUUAUUCAAACUCUGAUCUCUGUCACCGUUCUGCUUAAAGUGGUUUCCAGCGAGCCCUUCUUCGAUAUCACGGAUCCAGCAUUUGUUGAGGAAUGUGUGAGAGAACACAACAUCCACCGCACAAACGUGACUCCACCGGCCAGCAACAUGCGCUACAUGACGUGGGAUAAAGGGCUGGCGGUGACGGCGUGGGCCUGGGCGAGAGUCUGUGUCUUUAAACAUAACAUUCACCUUAAGGAUGUGAGAAAGAUGCAUCCUACGUUCACUUCUGUGGGUGAAAACAUCUGGGUUGGAUAUCCUUACACCCAAUUCACAGUGAAAUCUGCAGUUAAGUCAUGGGUGGACGAGGUCCAAGAUUACAAUUACACUCAGAACCAGUGCUCAAAAGUGUGCGGCCACUACACACAGGUUGUUUGGGCAGACACGUACAAGGUUGGUUGUGCCGCGCAGGCCUGUCCAAACGGUGUGGUUUCUUUCUCAACAAGGCCAGGAAUCAUAUUUGUGUGCAACUAUGCAACAGCAGGAAAUUAUCCAGUUGCUCCAUACAGAGAAGGGUCACCGUGCAGUGGAUGUGGUCAGGACACGUGUGAAAACAAACUCUGUCGAAACUCAUCCCGCGAUGCCCUGCAGAGUUAUCAGUGGACUCCUGACUGGGACCCAGCGCUGUCCUCCUGCGGCUCCUUCUGCCUGUCAGUUGUGAUUAUCAGACUCAUAUCUGUCCCGCUCAUGUUUGCCUGUGUUUACUACCUGAAUCGCCAUCAUAACCUGUUUGUAUAUGAGUGA